UGUCUAGCAUGCAGCAAUCCCUCAAGGCAGGCCAAUCCCAUGGCGAAACCCAGGCUAAGACCGAACAAUUAAUUGAAUCGGGGAAGGAAGUAGCAAACACGGCAAUAGAUAAGGCAGCCGAUGCUACCCAAUCUGCCAAGGAGUCUGCCAACGAAGCCAGUCAUGAAACUUCCGGUUUCCUCCAACAGACUGGAGAGCAGAUGGUGCAUAUGGCUCAAGGUGCUGUGGAUACCAUGAAGCAUACACUUGGAAUGAAUGACAAGAAUAAUUGAAUUUUAUCCUUUCUUUUUUCUUUUUUAAAUUUUGUCUUUAAUUAAUUGAUUAUUGUCUUUUAUUUUAUUUGUAUAAGGAUCAGCAUAAGUAGAGUUGUGAAAAUCUCUUUUUCAUGGGAGGAUCCAACCUCUUGUAAUAAAAAUUUUACUUUAUUAUUA